AUGACUGUAUCGUAUUGCUGCGGGAGUCGUCCAUUCAGUAAUCAAUGAGGCCUGCCGAUGAAAACGAGUGAAUGUAAACAACGUAAAAUUACUGGGGCAUUCUUGUCAUUUGUAAUGACCCCUGAAAAGAAGGCGUGGCUUAGGUGUAUUAAAGACGCGUUUUAUCUCACCCACCUUAUUAAAUGUGGGCGAAUAGAAAAGACUUCUUUUGUACAGUGAACUUCUUAAUAUUACCAAACUUGGUGUUGUCAGUUGGGAAUAAAACGAAAGAGAAGCCGAAUUUAACGGUACUUUUUGUAAUAGCAUGAUUACCAGAGAUGGAAUUCAUCAUAUACUUCAUGCAGUGAUAACACAGAUUAGUGCAAGUGUUUCCUCUUUAACUCACUCCAAGAAAAUAUUGGCGAGUUGAAUGCUUGUGAUUAAACAGUGAACGGAGAAAUAUGAAAACGCCAAAGCCCAACAGGUACUAUUCUUAGUACUUUCGUGUUAAUCAGGAGGAAGCCUUAAUGAAGAAGAUGCUAGUUUUAAAGAACUUCGUCACAUCAAGGAAUUUUGGUCUGUGGUUCACUCUCCUGCUGGCCACCAUCGCAAAUAAAGGCCGGGCGGCUGAAUUCCAGAAGUUCAGUAUCACUCCAGAGAGCGUGGAGGUGGCGGAGGGGGAGGAUGUGUUCCUGAGCUGUGCCGUCGAAAAUCAACAAGGCAAAGCUCAGUGGACGAAGGAUGGAUUUGCCUUAGGUUUCGAACGUCAUGUCCCGGGUUACCCCCGAUAUUCGUAUGCAGGGGAUCCCGACCUUGGGGAACACCACCUGGUGAUUAGUGGCGUCACCCUCACGGAAGAUGGGGAGUAUCAGUGUCAGGUCGGACCCACCAUCUCCAGCCCCCCGAUUUGGGCAGCAGCUAAUGUCACCGUCCUUUUACCGCCCACGGGCAUCAGCAUCGUGGGUUGGGGUGACGGCGCCGUGGUCGAAGUGGUGGCCGGCACUUCCUUGACCCUGGAAUGCCUGGUGAGCGACGCCCGCCCCGCCCCCAAAGCGGCCUGGUUUCGGGACGGAAUCCAAGUUGAUCCCGAGCUGCAGGAAGAUCACGUGGAGGCCUCUUCUCUGCCUCGCCGCUGGAACGUCAGGAGUCAGCUGAUCGUCGUGGCUGAGGCGGAAGACGACGGAAAGCAGUUCUCCUGCCAGGCUCUCCACCCGACGCUCAAGGAAUCUCCCACUUCGCUGGUGGCCUCAAUUACCCUCUCCGUCUUGCAUCCACCAGGAAACCCGGUCAUAACAGGCUACGACAACAGCGAGGACCUCCGCGCAGGCGAGCGACGAACUCUCAGCUGCAAAGUCACGGGCGGCAACCCGCGCCCUUGGGUACUGUGGUACCGCGGAGGUCAGUUGGUAGAUGAUACCACGACGACAGACGCCACGGGCGUGAUCAACACCCACGAGCUGGCUGUCACGGCCGAGGAAGACGGCGCUGUUUACGAAUGCAGCGUCACCAACGACCUCAUGGAACAGUCUCUGUCCGCCAAUGUCACCCUCAGGGUUUUCUAUAAGCCGACCACGGUGAUCAUUACGGGCCCGUCAGAGGUGCAAGAAGGUUCGCCCAUCAAUCUUACCUGCAAGAGCAGUGAAUCCAAUCCACCAGCCUCCCUCACCUGGACUGUUGAUGGAGAGGUCAUGGAGACGAGCAAAUCCGUCGCGGAGAAGGCAGACACCGGCGGGUGGAUGACCUCCUCUGUCCUGAGCGAGUACGUGGUGACCUCCCGGAAUGCGACGGAGAUUCACGUUGAGUGCAGGGCCAUCAACCCAACCAUAGACGAGGUCGUCAAGACUAAAAAAGUCAUUAUCAUAACUCGGCCGGCGGGUCGGCCCAUAUUCGAAAAUGACCUCCGGAGCGAAAUCGUGUCAGGAACGACUCUUGACCUGACCUGCCUCAGCAUUGGGGGCCACCCACCGCCGAAAAUCAGGAUAUACAAAGAAGACGAGGAAAUCGUAACGGAGUUGUUACACGAAGGUAACGUGACCUUAGCGAGGGCCGAGAUCGAGGUCACGCCGGUGGACAACGGGGCGAAGGUCACAUGUGAGGUCACCAAUCCAGCAACAGAAACUCCUCUCACGACUUCGUCCAGGCUGAAAGUACUCUUUCCCCCCUGGGAGAUGAAGGGCUCGGCGACCCCUGGGACGGUGGAGGAGGGUUCGCCUGUGACUUUAUCUUGCAUAUCCUCCUCGAGUCUCCCCCCCUCCAACAUCACCUGGAGGUCCGGGGGGGCCAUCAUUGAGGGGGCCACCGUGGAUGUCACCCAAGGUGCCUUUGGGGGAACAGACACCAGGUCCGAAAUCGAGCUGGCCACGACUGCAGAAGACAAUGGGAGGGUUUUCAUCUGCGAGGCUGACAAUGGGCUGGGAUCUACCGUCAACAAAAAGAUUAAACUCAACGUCUUACAUUCUCCCAUCUGGAUGGUGAAGCCGCAGCCACAUAUGGACGUGUAUGAAGGAGCAAAUGCAGUUAUAACUGCCACGGCUGCAGCGAACCCGGGACCCCUCAGGUACUGGUGGCGGAAAGGAGAGGAGACCCUGCAGACGACGGACGGGGAACUCCAGCUGGGGAAGGUGACCAGAGAGCACAGUGGGAACUACACCGUCAAUGCUUAUACUCCCCGAGGAGCUGUCAACGCCUCGUUUUUCCUCAACGUGCAGUAUGGUCCGUACCACGUGCAGUCGACUGAGAGAUCGACUGUUGGCCAAAAUGGGUCCCUGAGUGUCGAAUGUUCUGCAACGGGAAACCCCACUCCUAAGAUUACGUGGACGAAGGACACGCAUGCGCACAAUAGCUCUGCCCAGACGCUCAGCACUGGCCUGGGCAUUGCCCGCCUCGUGAUCAACUCCGCCAGGCCCACAGACACGGGCGUGUACCUCUGCCAGGCAUCCAACGUUGUCUCCACCGCCCCUGCAAUCAAGACGAAGAUCAUAGUCACGCAACCUGUCAGGGUGGCCAAAGAAGUCGCUGGUUGGAGCGGAUCGUGGGCGCCCGUGGGUGGAAGUGGGCGACUCGUGUGUCGAGUAAGAGCUGCUCCGGUUCCCUCCUUUUCUUGGAGCACACAAGACGGCCACAUCAUCCAGAACAACGAGAAGUACACGAUUCACGAGCCUCAGCUUGUAGAUGGAUUGGUGUUAUGGGCGAGUGUGUUCGAGAUCCGCCAAGUGACAAGAACUGAUUACGUCUCCUAUCGAUGCACGGCCACCAAUGCCUUAGGAACCGAUAAAGCUGACAUUGCUCUCAAUCCACCUGCUCGUCCGCUUCCUCCCACAAACUUUUCUAUCAUCAAUAUCACUGCAAGUUCAGUGUCGCUUGCUUGGGCCCCCAACUUUGAUGGCGGACUUCCCAGAGGCUACACCAUACAGUAUUGGAUCAGUGGCACUUUAAAUCACAAGACCGUCGAAAUCACCGGAGGGAACACGGCUGGAACCACCGUGGCCGAGCUGGUGCCGGGCACCGAGUACUUCUUCACGAUUCGGUCGGAGAAUGACCAGGGCAUGUCGGACUACAUCACUCCUUCCUUGGUGGCACAUACGCGAGGACCAUCGGGCGACGCCAGUACCAUGGUAGGGAACACCUCUCGAGUCCCUCGCCUCAUCCUCCUCAUAAUGACCCUCACCGGAGCCGCCCUUCUGGUCCUCAACAUCGCCAUCAUUGCCUGCUUCGUCAGAAGAAGGACUAUGAAUAGGAACGCCUCGGCAUCCUCGUCAACAAAGACUGUGGCGCUGGAUGCUUACGGUGCCACACCAGCAUCGACUCCUGGCACUAAUCACAAUGAGGUUCUCCUUUCGCUAACCACUAUCAAUGCCAACAAUCUCACUUCUACACCACCCGGAUGUAAGGAUGAAGAGCAGACAAACGUGGAUGAAUGUGACAGAGCGCUGAUGGUGACCCCCAACAUUUCCAACUCCAGGACUCACCUCAACACCCUUCAGAAUGGCGGUGUCACCAGAUCAAACAGCUCUAACUCACGCAAUGGCUCGCUGCUAGUCCGCAACAACAGUCUGAACCCCCAGAACAGCGGCACGCAGAACCAGAACGGCGGCAUUCCUUCGCAGCAGCAGCAACAGCAGCAGCAGCAGCAGCUCAUUGGCAGUAAUGGCUCUCCCUCGGGCGGAAGCCCCUUGCCCCAAAAUGGCAGACUCUUGAACCCAGACAACAACAAGAGUACGAUCCAGCCUCCGACGAAUCCCGAAGUCUGCUCUUUGAAUUCAAGCACCUACGACUCCCAGCCUCCUUUGCAGCCCCUCCAGAGGAAGAACUCGGCAACUUACCCCUCAGAUGACCAGAUCUCCCUCGCUUCUUAUCACAGCAACCACUCUCGCACUUACUCCCAAGGCUACGUCCGUCCGUUACCCCCUGCAGGUUGCCCCCACCACCCACCAAGAUCUCAACAGCCACCUUCUUACCAGCCGAGUCCGCAGCUCUACCAGCAGCAAGACCCACAGCACCAGACGAUCCAAGGACCCCCAGCUUACAGCAGCCUGAACCCUUCAGGCCUCUAUAGUCUCAGCAGUGAAUAUUACGAUACACGAUGUAACCAGUCUUCCUUUUCAUCAGGUACCCCUAUGGGUUAUGCUACUCUUGGACCUCGUAGUCGCAGGCCACAGCCGUCGCAGUUUGCGACCCUUCAGAGACCCAGGUCCUCCCGGGCCCAAAAUCACAGCUUGAGUCACGUCCGACAAGGAGGAAGUUUCGAUGGGGAAUGUUGUCAGCAGCAGCAGCAGCAGCAGCGGCCGCAGGAGGAGGAGGGGGGGGACCGCCUCAGCCUGUCAGUGUGCGGGUCUCCUUCUGAUCCCCGCCAGGCACAGCAGGACAACCCCCGGAGGAGCAGCUUCCACGGGCCACUUCGCAGAGAAUCCCCACACUUCGAUCCUGCAAGGCAGAUGCAGCACAUGCGCCUCCAACAGCAUCAGCAACAACAUCAGCAGGCACAACAGCAGCAACAGCAGCUACAGCCGCUCCACCAACAGCAACAGCAGGAGAACAACGGACCCUCAGGGUAUAACAAAAGACACCACCAAGAGGUGUCCAGAAGCAGCAUGGUCAAUUUGGGAAGGGACAGUAACGAAACGAGUGGCCCAAAUGUGCUGACCCAGGGGAAUGUCAACGGAUCUCACAGGGACCUGACCAUGUCAGAUGGAAAUCAGAGUCCCUCCCGGGGAAGUCCUGUGAGGAAAGGAAGCAUUCACACUCCUACAGACUCGGUUUCAGGACGGCCUCGAUUCCCACACGAUUACGUUCGUCAAGGAUCCACCAAAUCGAGGAGUUCAUCGCGCGGGGCUAAAGACCAGCAGUUGAACGAUGCCAUGAGUGAUAAAAAUCAAAGAUAAAUUGCAUUCGGGUUUGGACCACAAGCAGGUAACCUUUCAGUUGGUAUACUAACAAUUAAUACUGUAAUAGAAUACUAAUGACUAAGAGCUACUGUAUUUCUUUAGCUAUGAUCACUGUGUUAUAUUGUACUCAAAUUAGAUACAACAGCUCAGACAACCUCAAUGUAUUACUAACUGUUGCUUUUGGUUGAAAUGUAGUGGGAAACUAACAGUCUUGAUUGCAUGGCCAUACGCAGAGGAAUUCUUUAGUAAUAAUUUCACCUAUGACAUUCACUGAGAUUUAUUCGUAAUGUCCUGUCAAGGAUAGAGUUUUUUGUACAUUUAUAGAAGUGUCGAUUCAACUUUCAAUUACUAUAACAAGACAUGGCAUUAGGCCUUCAAUACAGGAGAACAGAGCGGAAAAAUACCGUAGAUAAUAUUUUUCGAGAAAUACAGAAUUUAAAUUUUUUCAGUGACUCAAUAUUCUUCCGCCGUGAAGAUCAGAAAA